UUUGCACAACACUGGCCUCUGUGUAACAACUAACUAAGGUUCCACCCAAUAUGCAGGCCUCUUUAUUCUAACACACACAGCUUUGGUGCCUUACCUAAGAGAGAGUGAGGUUCAAAGCGAAUCAGAGUAACACCACAGCCAAAUCUUCCCAGCAGAAAAAUGGCCCUUGAAAAGUGUUUGCAGGAAGCAGGAAGAGAUAGACUGAACCACAGAAGGCAAUAUUCAUGGCCAGGUCCCAAAGAGUGGGAGGCACAAACUACAGUAAAUAAGGCACUAAACCAAUAUUCAUGGCUGGAGUCA